ACUCGUGUACAUUUACAUACUUACAUACUUACAAUAUGGCUCGUCUUGCAGUUUGUGUGUUGGCUAUUAUAGUCUUAGUUAAUGUGUCAACCAUUGAUGCAGCUUCACGUCCAGUGAGAUCACCACAGUUUGGAGGAGGUGGAGUAGGAAUUGGAAUCGGCAUAGGUGCUUUCGGAAGACCCGGCUUUGGCGGCCCAGGCUACGGAGGCCGCGGCUUUGGGGGUCCCGGCUAUGGUGGCCCCGGCUUUGGGGGCCACGGUUUCCACAGACCCGGCUUCGGAGGUCCAGGUUAUGGAUAUGGCAACAAUGGAGGAUUCCCUGGUUCUUUCAGUGCUUCGAAGAGUUCGUCAAUUAGUUUUGGUAAUGGAGGAGGAUCUCAAUCUCAAUCAAGUUCUAACGCUGGUGGAUUUGGAAAAUAAGACUGUGGCUCAAGUGUAUUGAAUGUUUUUUAUAUGUUUUCAAAUAAAAUAUUAUUUUUGUAAGUA